CAUAAGACGAAUGCAGUUCCAUUUCUCAUCACACAUUUCUCCAAACGAACCCACACCAACCACACUUCGGAGAGCGGUGGCAAGAGGCAGAAGGUGAUGGCCCUCAGAGCUUCAUCCGCUGUGCGUCCACCGUCUCUUCAACUGUCUCCGCCGCAGACUCCGCCCAAGAGCGUUAUUCUUCCUCCUAAAGUCAACUCUUUAUCACUGCCAGCUACUGCUAUUUUGCCUCUCUUUGCUCUCUUUGCAGCUCCCCAUGAGGCUAGAGCUGAAAUCUUGCCCAAAGAACAGAUUGUCUCUUCUCUCACUCAGGUGGAGUCGGCAAUUGAUCAGCUUCAAGAAUUGGGAUCGAAUUUUUUCAGCACCGCCAGCCAAGUUGUUGGAGCAGUGGCGGAUGCUGUGAAGCCUGCAUUGCCUAUCUUACAGCAAGCUGGAGAUGAGGCUGUGAAGAUAGCUUCUCCUCUGGUUUCAGAGGCUUCUAAGAAAGCCCAAGAAGCCAUCCAGGGUUCUGGAAUUGACACUCAGCAAGUGGUAACUGCAGCUAAGACAGUUGCUGAUGCAGCUCAGCAGACAACAAAGAUGAUUGAUGAGGCCAAACCCAUAGCCACUUCCACUGUUGAAACCAUAUCAUCAGCAGAACCUGCUGUAAUUUUGGGGGCUGGUGGUGCAUUAGUAAUUGCAUAUUUCUUACUUCCUCCUGUCUUUUCCGCCAUUUCCUUCAGCUUUCGAGGUUACCAAGGUGAGCUAACUCCCGCUCAAACCUUGGAUCUCAUGUGCACAAAGAACUACAUUAUGAUUGACAUAAGGUCAGAGAAGGAUAAAGACAAGGCUGGCAUUCCUCGCCUUCCAUCCAGUGCUAAAAACAAAUUGAUAUCAAUCCCAUUGGAAGAAUUACCAAACAAGCUCAGAAGUCUUGUCAGAAGUGUCAAGAAAGUAGAAGCUGAAUUGGUGGCAUUGAAGAUCUCUUAUCUAAAGAAGAUCAACAAAAGUUCCAACAUCGUAAUAUUGGACUCGUACUCUGAUUCAGCUAAAAUAGUAGCUAAGACGUUGACUAAACUUGGGUUCAAGAAUUGCUGGAUUGUGACUGAUGGCUUCUCCGGAAGCAAAGGCUGGUUGCAGAGCCGCUUAGGAACUGAUUCGUAUAAUCUAUCUUUUGCACAAGUGUUAUCACCAUCGAGGGUUAUUCCUGCAGCAGCUAGACGAUUCGGAACAUCUAGCUCAACGAAGUUGCUGCCUGGCGGCUCUGACUAAGGUUUUCACUUGUAAUCUUCGACUUGUUCAGUUACAUUCUUACUCUGCUGUAGGUCACUCCAAUUUUCAGAUGUAAUUUAUCAAUAUGUGGUCAUUCAACAUUUUUAUUGAGUAAUAUUGUGUCCAAAAUUGCUCCGAAGCAUGUUAAUCAGAUUGGAUUAAAUGCAAUGGAAAUCCAGCUCCCUGUUAAGGGAUGUUAAGAGAAAUGUAUUUCUAUGGGGAUAA